AUGUAUUUCAGGAUCAGGGAGGAUGCGGUUGGCAAACCCGGUCUCACGCCCUUACAGAAGUGCACUGUCGCAAUCAGGCAAUUGGCGUACGGAGGCGCGGCCGACAUGUUUGAUGAGUACCUUCACAUUUGCAAGUCGACAGUCGUCGAGUGUCUGCAGAAUUUUUGCGCGGGCGUUAGAGCGAUAUUCGGGGAGCGGUAUCUUCGGCGUCCGAGCCCCGAAGACUGCCAGAGGCUGAUAGAUAUGCAUGGGUCGAACAACGACAUCAACGUUUUCCAGUCGUCGCCCAUGUUCAACGAUCAGUGCAAUGACGUUGGUCCCGCCAUCGAAUUCGUCGCCAAGGGCAACCGGCACAAUAUGGGAUACUAUUUGGUGGAUGGGAUAUUCCCAAACUGGCCCAUCUUUGUGAAGACGAUCAAGCAUCCGCUCGGAUAA